CCGGGCAAAGAGGUAAAAGAGCUGUUCUUCAGCACCGCGGAGUGAUCGGUGCAGGGGAGCUGUCCAUUUCAGCACCACCACGUUAAUGCAGUAGGUGGGAGCGGAACUAGCAAGGCAAGAAGAGGCGCGAGACACCGACGAGCAGCAUAUCCUGCAGCAAGCCUCCUGGUUCCCCUGAUCUUCGGAAGCUUUGCAGAGAGGGGGGAGGAAGGGAAAUCCGUCUUGCUUCUCCGGGAGAGACUCCCCCCUCCUCUGCCCAUUUUACCACCACUACCAACAUCACCACCAAUCACAACAACCGCUGCUCUGCCGCUGCCGUGAAGAGGGGGGUGAAAAGCCAUGGAAGGCAAAAUCUCAGCACCCGUUCAGCUGAAAUCAAGGGCUUACAAUAUACUGGCAAGUCUAGUUCGGUGGUAGAAAACGGGGAGCGGAGGGAAGAUCUGGAACGAGAGCGAGCCAACAGACGAACAAAAACCCCACCAAAAAAAAUAUAUCCGAAGAAGAUAACUGGAAAGAAAAGGGAUUUUUCAUGGCGCAGGCUGCAGAGCUGAGCAAGAAGACUGAAGGUUGCAUCUCUGCUCUUACAGUCUCUAACUGUCUAGGUCCAGAUAAUGAGAGAGUGUGUUGAGGAUGCUGUUUCUGUUGCCGCUGCUGCUGCUCCCCUGUUCACUGUGGAAGCCAUCUCCAAAUUAGCCAUUACAUAUGGAAACUGGAGACCAGAAUUUUAGAAAAAGGGAUUAAGGCAUCUCAUUUUUGGGGGGGUUUAUCUAUUUUUUCCUUUAUUUUAUUUUUAUAUAAUAUAUAUAUAUAUAUAAUAUUAACCGCCGGAACGUUUCUCUUUUAAAAGGCAAGCCUCUUCCCGUGUGAUUUUUUUUUUCAUUUACACUGAUUCCGUGGGCUUUCUUACCUCCCUUUUUUAUGUAUAGAUUUCUCUCUAUUGAUCUCGAAUAGAUACCCAUUAUAUUAUUAUUAUUGCUAUUAUUACUAUUAUUAUUCUUACUAGAGGAAAUAUUAUUCUUUUAUUUUAUUAUUAACAUACAAACAUACACACACACACACACACACAGCCCAAGAAUCAGAAGGCGUUGGGUAUUUGUAUAAUGAAGAAUUAUGGGGCUCUUUGACAGAGGUGUUCAGAUGCUUUUAACCACCGUUGGUGCUUUCGCUGCCUUCAGCCUCAUGACCAUAGCUGUGGGGACCGAUUACUGGCUUUACUCCAGAGGGGUUUGCAAGAUGAAAGGUACCGGUGAUAAUGAAACCAGCAAAAAGAACGAAGAAGUCAUGACCCAUUCUGGAUUAUGGAGAACCUGCUGCUUGGAAGGGAAUUUUAAAGGUCUGUGUAAGCAAAUCGAUCACUUCCUCGAGGACACAGAGUAUGAAGCCGACACAGCAGAAUAUUUCCUCCGGGCUGUAAGGGCCUCUAGUAUUUUCCCGAUCCUGAGUGUGAUUCUGCUUUUCAUGGGUGGACUCUGCAUUGCAGCCAGCGAGUUCUACAAAACCCGACAUAACAUCAUCCUUAGUGCCGGUAUCUUCUUCGUGUCUGCAGGUCUGAGUAAUAUAAUUGGCAUCAUUGUGUACAUAUCAGCCAAUGCUGGAGACCCCUCGAAAAGCGACUCAAAGAAGAAUAGUUACUCUUAUGGUUGGUCCUUCUACUUUGGGGCCCUGUCAUUCAUUAUAGCCGAGAUGGUAGGAGUGCUGGCCGUACACAUGUUUAUUGACCGGCACAAACAGCUGCGUGCCAGUGCUCAUGCCACAGACUACCUCCAGUCCUCUGCCAUCACCCGCAUACCCAGUUACCGCUACCGCUAUCAGAGACGCAGUCGCUCCAGUUCCCGUUCCACCGAGCCUUCACACUCCAGGGAUGCCUCUCCCGUCGGGAUCAAAGGGUUCAACACCCUCCCAUCAACGGAGAUCUCGAUGUAUACCCUGACCAGGGACCCCCUGAAGGCUGCCACUACCCCCACCGCCACCUACAAUUCAGACAGGGAUAACAGCUUCCUCCAGGUUCACAAUUGUAUCCAGAAAGAAAACAAGGACUCUAUCCACACUAACACAGCCAACCGCCGGACCACCCCCGUAUGAAGCCGUCGAGAGGGGCUGAAACAUGGGGGGGGGCUGGGAAGGUGGGAAUGGGACUUGGGUUCAGGAUGGGAGGGAGCAGUAGGGGUGGGCAGGGGGAGAGGAGAAAGCAACCAUGGGGAAACCUUCCAAAAGCAAAAAAAUAAAAAAAAUCCAGAAAAAACCAGAAAACAAACUUAAGUGAAACACCUGAAAAGAAAUGACAAAACGUUUAAAAAAAGGGGAAAAGAAAAAAAACUUCAAAAAAAAUCAAGAGAAAGAAAUUUAAAAAUAUAAAAAAUAGAAAAUAAAUUUAAAAGAAAAUGCAUGAUUUCCCAUGUACCAUUAUUUUAACAUUUAAUAAAAACAGAUUUAAAAAAAGGAACCGAGAAAUAACAACAAAAAAAUUAAUUAAAAAACCAAGCGGGAAGAGGAGGCAGCUCUUUGGAUUUCUGGGGGGUUUUACUCUUUACUUUUUCAGUUUGUUUUCUUUUCACUUUUAACCCACUGUGGACUUGCAGGUUCAUAAGGAUCUCCAGGGACAGGUGGUAACAAAACGCAGUGCUUUCAGUGUCCUUGUGGAUGCCUUUGUUGCACAUGCACUGGAGCCUGCCUAAGCUUACCAAACCCCGGAGUGACGAGUGAUUCGACAUGUUCCUGUGGGUCCACAGGGCUUAACAGUGACCUUCCUGUCCUUGGGGAUUUGAGGGUUUAAUGCUGAUUCACUGAUCUCCAGGUCUCAGGAAGCUAAGGCUGAUCAGCUCAGCCUCAUCAGCCUGUGACUAUCCUGGGGGUUAACAGUGACAUUGCAAAAACAAAAACAAAAAAAAAGCUUCAUAAAAAGUGGCAAUUUUUUAAUAAAACAGAACCAACUAUAAAUAAAUGUAAAUAUAAUAAGUGGAUUUACUUGCAAGAAAGCCAGAUAGUAUUUUUCUUUUCAUUUUUCUUUUCCAGCUUGAAAACUGUGAAAACUAAAAUCUUAGGGGUUGAGAGGCUUCGAAAGAGAAAAUGGAAACUGAAUCCAUUUGAAAACAACAAAAACUUUUUAAAAGACACCCAGAACUUGGCCACUUGGUUGGUGUGGGUCGAAUUCCCUCACGGGCCAUGAGAAUGUUGGGCCAGGAAAAAGCGGGGGGGGGACAUCUCUCCCCACAGAGAAAAGGCUGCUGCUAUUGCUGGGGCUGCAACCUCGAACACAGAACAAGGACUAGAUGUUAGUGUGGAGACUUCUGCUCAUGUUCCCUGACAGGCAGGCAAAACAUGCUAUCCCCUGAACUCACUCCCAGGCUUAAAAAGAAGUCAACAGGCAAAAUGGCUGCUGCUUGUCUCCCGUUGUCGGUUUCAUUUACACUGCUAGCUUUCCUGGUGCGUGGAUAGCUCUCGCCGGAUUCAUUCAAUGCCCCUCUCAUGAACACCUGACACACCGAAUCAAGACACAGUCCCCAUGCCAAGUACAUAACUGCAGAAAAGUUAUUCCCUGACUUCAUUCUGUUGUCAGUGCCAGCUGGCUGUAGGGCCCAGCCAGUCAAAAGCUGUAGGC